GAGAAUCAAGAGAAGAAGGAACAAGGUGCUCAUGCGUUGUGUUUUUAUGUUUUUGCGAUCGAGAGACGAAAAUCUUUGUUUUUGUUGUGUGCGAACCUGACCAAGAGACAGAGAGACCGAAAGAGAGGUUGAAUCGAGAGGAGGAAGUGAAUGAGAAGAAGCAGUUGGGAGAGGUGCCGGAGAAAGCGACGGCGGCGGCGUCAGCAAGCCCUAGGUGGCCACUCAUCCACAACUUUUAAUUUGUGCUAAUUUGGACAGCCCUUGAGUCGAGAGAAGAUGAAACCGAAAUCUUCCAGGAUCGGAAUUAGCCGACCAACAUCCCUAGCCUGGUAGUUCGUACUACACAAAGUUGGCCAACAUCUCUCCGCCGAUCUCCACCGCAUUUUCACCGGAGUAACCCAACAACUCAGCCGAUAACCUUUCAUAUCAAAAACAAUAUAAAGUGAACGGUGUUCUUCGAGAAAAAAAGAAACCAUGGUUUCCGUCACUCAAUUGCAAAGACAAUAUGCCGAGUAUACAACAUCUUUGUAUCACGAGGGAUAUCUUAAUGAUCAAUUCAUGCAACUUCAGAAACUGCAAGAUGAGAGUGACCCGGACUUUUUGGUUGGGUUGGUGUCUGUUUUCGUAGAUGACUCGAAAAAGCUUCUUGACACUUUGACAACUGCUUUUCAACAGAAGACCGUGGAUUAUAAACAAGUUUCUCUUCAUGUUCACCGCUUUAAGGGUAGUAGUUCCAACAUAGGGGCACAACGACUCAUGCGUGUGUGUGUUCUCUUUAUAAACUACUGCAAGGAGAAAAAUCUUGAUGGGUGUUUGUGGUGUCUUCAGCAAGCAAAUCACGAAUACAUUCUUGUUAGGAGCAAAUUCAAAGCCUUGUUCAAGUUGGAGAAACAGAUCUUGAAAGCUGGUGGAUCAAUCCCUAUGAUGGAAUAGGUUUUUACUUUCCAAAGUAUUAUGUGAUAUCGUUACUAUUUUUAUCAUCUGAAAAACUUGUGGGUUUAUACUUGAGAUCUCAGUAUCAAGUUGUUAUGUCUGAUUAGAACAUUGAUGGUUUUGUGGUGCUGUUUUCUAUGGUCUAUUCUAUUGAAUUUUGUUUUGCAUUAAUACAUUGUUCUAUAAUUAUUGAUUUGUCAGCGA